UUGUCUUUUGUUGAUAUGUCUUCAAAUAAUCUUAAAAGACUGAACCACAGAAUAUUUAACGAUCAAAAGGAAUCCCUGACGACCUUAAUCCUAGCAAAGAAUAGGAUGGAACGUCUUCCUACUGGAUCACUUCAAUAUCUCACUGUAUUAGAAACACUUGAUAUAAGCUAUAAUCUCAUAUCGACAUUAAGAGAAUCGGAAUAUACUCAACUUGAUACAUUGCAAACAAAAUCAGAAAAGUUCAAGGUUAAUCUUUCUGGGAAUCCUUUUGUGUGUAGCUGUGACAAUUUGGACUUCCUUUCGUGGAUAGAAACAACACACGUUAUAUACAACAAAGACGAGCUGAUGUGUUUUACCCCAUGAGGCAGUCAACUGAAGAUCAGACAUUUCCUAGAAACGUUUGUUCAAUUCCAGGAAAGUUGUGUAUCUCAAUUCUGGUUGGUCGUCUCUAUCGUUCUACUUGUUUUUUUAUUUGCGUUUGGUAUUCUUUCCCGAGAAUCCUGGCGGCGGAGUGUUUGGCUACGAGUGAAGUGUCGACGACCUCUGACACAUGACAAAUACCCAUACGACAUAUUUAUAUCUUACAGUGACGAGGAUUGUAGUUGGGUAGCGAACACAUUCGCUCCAUGGCUAGAUGAAAAGGGAAUUAAAUAUUGCGUUGAUGAAAGAAGUUUUUAUCCUGGCCGUGACAUCUGUGAAAACAUUAUGAACGCUAUAGAUGACUCACAUCAAACUGUUUUUGUUGUAAGUUGUACUUUUUUAGAACGUGAAUGGACAAUGUUUACAAUGAAAUUAGCCAGUUCCUAUUCUUUUCGCGAUGGAAGACAGAACAUGAACAUAAUUAUUCUGUUAGAAAAUAUUAAAAGUGAAUUUCCAAAGCUCAUGCGGAAGAACUGGGAUGUGGUUCGCCAAACAAAAGUAACAAGGAUGAAGGAAAACUAAUAACAGCUGAGCAACUGUUUUGGACAAAAUUAUUAAAACUAAUUC